CAUUUAACCUACUUUGAUAUUUGCCAUGGCCGCUGAUCAUUGAUCUGGCUCUGUUUAUUCUCACAAAGUCUUGGCAACAUUGGGGGAUGGAUGCAUUUUAUAUUGGACAGACACUGAAGGUUAUAUUCAAAUGAUAUUGUAUUUUUACUACUCAGGCUAUUUAGCAUACUUUAUGAGUUCUUAAGUUUUACAAAUCCCUGGUCUUGGAAAUUCUUGAUUAGUAUAGGGUUCUAUGAUUUUAGGCCUAUUGCUAUGGAUUAGGCAGAUCGUUUCAUUCAAAAUUGUAUUUUUAAACCUGUUAAAGAUAAUUAUAGGCUUGGCCUAUCAUAGUUCUGUGAUGAGCAUCGAGAUACCUGCUGGCUUGACAGACUUGCUGCAAGGAUACACUGUGGAGGUACUACGGCGCAGACCGCCAGAUUUGGUUGAAUUCGCAAUCCAGUAUUUCACGUGUCUACAAGAGAGCCGAAAACACGACAGACAUGUCAAAGAAAGACUAGCCGAUUCUACACGAAAAGGAGUGGUUUUUGAUAGUAUUUCGGUUGAAUCAAAUGAAGAUGAAGACUCUGAUGAUGCCUAUAGUGAGUGACAUUUUUCAUCUCUACUUGGCCACAAUUUUUUGCAAUAUACUUCAUGAUUUGAUUAUUAAAUCUAUUUAAAAAGAUUUUCUCAUCAUCUGUAUUUGUAUUAUAACCUUUUUACUCUUAAGUUAUUAUAACUUGUUUUACUCUCACAUAAUAGGCUACACAAGUGCACAGAAUGCAUAAGGAACCAUUAUCUCAUGGUAUUAUGAAGCCCUUUUUAAGUCUACUGCACACAAGUUGAAUGGGUUCUCAUCAAAGUAACGCGAGGGCCCGUGUAGUCAAAUUAUUUUCUCUUCCAUUGCCAGAGGUUAUCAGAUGAUAGGAUGCUACUGCGGUAUUUUAGCCCACUGAAUAGCUAUUUGUCCUGAAUUAUAUCAUAAUUAUUCAGUAGCCUAUUCAUAAUAAAAUAAUAAACGUUUUUUUGUGGGUAUCUACCUCUUUUGAUAAAUCUGUUUCUGUGCCCUGACAAAAAGUGAUGAGAGAAAAUAAGAGGGAAGAAUCUGGUAUGGUAGUAGGGGGAUGGUCAUGCACUGUAAGCUAAAGUGUGUCAAUGGAUCCAUAAGAACAACUAAUAUGGAUGUUCAAUGGGACCAACUUAAUUUCUAGCUCUGAAACAUUUCUCUCUCUUUCUCUCUCUCUCUAGUGCCCCCCUCCAACUCUAAUAAAUACAGUCGCAGAGCAUCUGGUGAGUGUCAUCCUUAGGUUUUGCAUUCAUUAUAUGCUGUGUAUGAAGAAUGUUAUUUCAGUCUCACUUGUUCGUUAGUCACAACAUUCCCUUUGAGUGUAUUUGUUUGUCCCCAGUGUGUGUCACAGUCAUUUUGCUCCCCCAGUCUGUGCAGAGGCCUAUAACCCAGACGAUGAUGAGGAUGAUGACUUUGAGCCGCGGGUGGUACACCCCAAAUCAGACGAGCAGCGUCACAGACUCCAGGACGCCUGCCGAGACAUUCUACUGUUCAAAACUCUCGACCAGGUAAAGUAUUGUAUGUAGUCCUUGUAAACCACUGAGAGUAAUUCAUUGUAAGCCAGUGAGAGUAACUUGUGAGUUAAAAGUAAUGGCACUUACUCUUAUCUUUUAUAUUUUGUUUGGUUAUGAACUAAACAAGCCCCCUCUCGAUAGAGACAUUACACAUUAGAGAUUGUAUUGAUUUAUUUGUGUGAUGCUUGCUGGGUGUGCCAGUUUAGUAUGCAAACACACACGCACACAUGGUCCUCUUCUAAUGUGUGAGUGUUGUUUCUCUCUUUCAGGAGCAGUUCUCAGAGGUUCUGGAUGGCAUGUUUGAGGUGUUGGUCAAACCACAGGAGCACAUCAUAGACCAGGGGGAUGAUGGAGAUAACUUCUAUGUCAUAGAGCGGUGCGCAUGUGUGUGUGUUGAAUCUAUAUUUUUUUCUGUGUGAGAGGCAUUAGGCCUAAAUAUGUGAAUGUGAUGUUCUCUAAUUCCUCUGGUGUUCUGUGUACCUCUCUGUCUGCUGUAGGGGUGUGUAUGACAUUAUUGUGAUGAUUGAUGGAGUUGGAAAGUGUGUAGGGAAGUAUGACAAUAAGGGCAGUUUCGGGGAGCUGGCUCUCAUGUACAACACCCCGCGUGCUGCCACCAUCAUGGCCACCCAGGAGGGGGCACUGUGGGGACUGGUGAGUCACAGUAGUGUGUGUGUGUGUGUUUAAUGUGUUUCUAUGAGAGAUGAGUGACUGUGUGUAACCUGUAUGUGAAUGUUUUAGGAUCGGGCCACAUUCCAUAGACUCAUAGUGAAGAACAAUGCCAAGAAGAGGAAGAUGUACGAAGCCUUCAUUGAGUGUGUACCCCUUCUAAAGUCUCUCGAGGUGUGUGAAUACCUAUGUCAGUUUCAUUUGACCACAGAAUCUUUUUUCUUUGCUUUACAAUCAAAAGUGUACUGUGCAUUCAAAGUACAACAUAAGAGAAGGUACAUGAGAGGCUCACAUUGUAAACAAUCCUCACUCAGAAUGCAUGUAAAGAUGUAUACUUUUAUCACACCUUCAUCGUCUGUCCUCGUCUUGUUCUUCCUCAGCUCUCUGAGAGGAUGAAGAUUGUUGAUGUCGUGGGAAUGAGAGCGUUCAAAGAUGAGGAGUGCAUCAUAACACAGGUAUUAUGGAUUUUUACUGUACAGUUCAUCUAAGAUUACACUUUACUUUGUACCACUGCUGCUUCUACUGCUUUUCUGCACUCUUAGGGGGAGAAGGCAGAUUGCUUCUACAUCGUAGAGUCGGGGCAGGUGAAGAUCAUGAUAAUAAGCAAAGUAGGUGUACAUGUUUUGCUCUUCACUUGGGUGUGUGUUAGACCUACUGUAUAAAUAAUGAGUUUGCUGUGGGUACCUGCUGCAAGGAACUGAAUGUACUGAAUGUGUGCAUCUAGCAUCAUUGGAAUGUGGUACAACGGGCUUUGCUGCUUUUGCAGCUAAUGACAUCAGUAAUUGAUUUAUCAUGUUGGGUAGUAGUUGGUGUAUAUUUGUAUAUUUUUGGUUGCUAAAGCCAAAAGAUAAGGAACGGAUAACUGUAACUGAAAUAAUUAUGGUAUAGCUUACAUCAGUACAGCGGUAGGUAGCAUCAUCAGCUGUAUGUCUCCCUACCUAGACUAAAGCAGGGCAGCUGUAUGUCUCCCUACCUAGACUAAAGCAGGGCAGCUGUAUGUCUCCCUACCUAGACUAAAGCAGGGCAGCUGUAUGUCUCCCUACCUAGACUAAAGCAGGGCAGCUGUAUGUCUCCCUACCUAGACUAAAGCAGGGCAGCUGUAUGUCUCCCCUACCUAGACUAAAGCAGGGCAGCUGUAUGUCUCCCUACCUAGACUAAAGCAGGGCAGCUGUAUGUCUCCCUACCUAGACUAAAGCAGGGCAGCUGUAUGUCUCCCUACCUAGACUAAAGCAGGGCAGCUGUAUGUCUCCCUACCUAGACUAAAGCAGGGCAGCUGUAUGUCUCCCUACCUAGACUAAAGCAGGGCAGCUGUAUGUCUCCCUACCUAGACUAAAGCAGGGCAGCUGUAUGUCUCCCUACCUAGACUAAAGCAGGGCAGCUGUAUGUCUCCCUACCUAGACUAAAGCAGGGCAGCUGUAUGUCUCCCUACCUAGACUAAAGCAUCAUCAGCUGUAUGUCUCCCUACCUAGACUAAAGCAUCAUCAGCUGUAUGUCUCCCUACCUAGACUAAAGCAGGGCAGCUGAACAAUGCAGAGGUGGAGAUUGCACGCUGCUCUAGAGGCCAAUACUUCGGAGAGCUGGCUCUGGUCACCAACAAACCACGUGCAGCAUCCGUCUAUGCUGUAGGAGACACCAAGUGCUUGGGUACGUUGUACACACAUACAGUGAGCUCCAAAAGUAUUGGGACAGUGACACAUUGUUUGUUGUUUUUGCUCUGUACUUUGGAUUUGAAAUGAUACAAUGACUAUGGGGUUAAAGUGCAGACUGUUAGAUUUAAUUUGAGGGUAUUUUCAUCCAUAUCGGGAGAACCAUCUAGGAAUUACAGCCCUUUUUGUACAUAGUAUUGGGUAUUGGUAUUGGGACAAAUUCACUUAUGUGUAUUAAAGUAUUCAAUAGGUUUGUAUUUGGUCCCAUAUUCCUAGCACGCAAUGAUUACAUCAAGCUAGUGACUACAAACUUGUUGGAUGCAUUUUCUGUUUGUUUUGGUUGUGUUUCAGAUCAUUUUGUGCCCAAUAGAAAUGAAUGGUAAAUAAUGUAUUGUGUCAUUUUGGAGUCACUUUUAUUGUAAAUAAGAAUAGAAUAUGUUUCUAAACACAUCUACAUUAAUGUGGAUGUUACCAUGAUUGCGGAUAAUCCUGAAUGAAUGGUGAAUAAUGAUGAGUCAGAAAGUUACAGAUGCACAAAUAUUAUACCCCCAAGACAUGCUAACCUCUCACCAUUACAAUAACUGUCUCUCUGUCUCUCUAAAGCAGUCAGACAUUAAUAGAUCAGGGACUGUAUUCAAGUAGGGAGGAAUUCCGACUUGAGUUAAACGCUCGUAAAUGGAACGUAAUUCCCUUUUGAUGCACUUUUCUCUCUAUGCAUAUUCUGUAUUCUGACCUUGACUUAAUUUCCUCAUAAUUCCACCACCUUUACGCGUGAGUAAACCAUGAAUAAGGUUGAGCGAACCUUCCGGUUCUAAGUGGAAAAAGCAUCUACUUUAUUUUUUGAAUUUGAGGACCUUGUGAAGUAUUUGUUUUUUUAUGAAAUAUUGAAUUUGGCCUUUACUACUAUAGCCCAUAGAAACGCAUUGAAUAACACAUUCAUAAAUGGCAAAAAAUACAGUCAAAAAGCAAAUCUUAAGGAAUAAGUUUUGAAGUGUUUGUCCUAUAUCUAGGAGAUACAAGAAAGCUCAGGACAUGUUUUUGUUUUUUUUGGACGCAUGUUUAACCCCUUAUUUUUAUUGGUAUCUAUUUCCAUACUUCUAUACAUUUGUGUGGGUUACCUUCAGACGAGUCCUGUGACACUUGUGGGGGUCGUAGAGCAAACCGGUGGCUAAUAUUUAACAUGAUAGAAAAAGGAAACAGAAAAUGUCGGGGUAGCCUAUAAUUAAGACAUUCGAAAGUGCCAAUCCCUGGAAGUUAAAAGGCCGUGCAAUUUAAAUUCUGCAUAAUGGCACAGCAUUUCAUAAACUUUACUGUAGGAAAGUUGAUAUGUUGAUAUACUUCAGUUUGCUGCCAUAUGACUGGUUUCACAUGUGUCUCCAGCGAUCUUAAGGUAAAAUAUAGGCUAUCUAAAACAAGUGUCAUUUAUAUUUACAAUUCUCUUAUCCAAACGGAUUACUCAUUUACCUAGCGCUUAUCAAGUUGUAAAUUACAGUGCAUGGAGAAUGCUGUUAUUUCUAUUGGAAAAAAUAAAGUAGAUGCUUUUUCCACUUGGAACAGGUAGGUUCACGAGACCUUAUUAAUGGUUUCCUCGCGUGUAAAGGUGGUGGAAUUAUUAGGAAAUUAAGUCAAGGUCAAAAUACGGUGUAUCUGUAGACACACCUCCGCCACACCUUCAUUUAUUCAAUCUCCACCCAAAACAAAUAGCAGGUGAAUAGCACGCUAUUCUCAUGCUUAAAUUCAAGGUCAGAAUACGCAUAGAGAGAAAAGUGCAUAUAAAGGGAAUUACGUUCCAUUUAUGUACGCUUAACUCAGGUCAGAACGCAUAUAGGGCCAGUAGAUCAGUAUGGGUCCGUUUAUCGUUAUCGGCUUUUUAAUGUUUGACUUGACUUGUUACUUCCUUCUUUCUCUUCCCCCCCCCCCCCCCCCCAGUAAUAGACAUUCAGGCGUUUGAGCGUUUGCUGGGUUCCUGUAAGGAGAUAAUGAAGAGGAACAUUUCCCAAUAUGAGAACCAGCUGGUAGCUCUGUUUGGUUCUAGUGUAGAUUUGAAGCAUUAA